AUGGAUCCAGACAUUCCCAAUGCGUUUACACAUUCUGCUGCAGUUAAUGACUUUGAAGUUGAGAAUGGCAUUGCUCAAGGAGAGAAGAGGAGGCUUAUAAAACCCACCUCACGCAAUAAUGCCAAAUUGGAAGAUUUGAAAGUGUUUUUGAUUGACUGGAUUAACGCCACUCUGAAACAAGAGCACAUAGUAGUCAAAAGCCUGGAGGAGGAUUUGUUUGACGGGCUGGUACUUCAUCAUCUUCUGGAACACCUAGGAUCCCUCAAGCUGGAUGUGGACAAGAUUGCGUUAACAGAAAAAAAACAGCGCCAGAAGCUCGCUGUGAUCCUGGAAGCUGUGGCUAAGUGUCUGCAGCUGGAAGAAAAUCAGCUGAAGUGGAGCGUAGAAUCUAUCUUGUCGAAGGACUUACUAAGCACACUGCACCUUCUGGUUGCAAUAGCAAAGCACUUCCAACCUGAUCUGGCUAUUCCUGCAAAUGUUCAAGUGGAAACAAUGACUAUUGAGAACACCUCUAGAGGAUUAAAGACAGAAACGAGAUUGGAAUAUAUCACAGAUACCAAAGGAAAUUUAGAAGACCAGUCAACAGAUGAUGCCUUUGAUGAAUUAUUCAGCCAUGCUCCAGAUAGACUGGAUGCGGUAAAACAGGUAUUUCUGCAAUUUGUCAACCAGCAUGUUGGAAAAUUGGGAUUAAAUGUGAAAGACAUUGAGUCUCAGUUUGCAGAUGGAGUCAUCUUACUCCUGCUGAUCGGGCAGCUGGAGGGCUACUUCUUGAAUUUAAGAGAUUUCUUUCUGACUCCAGCCAGCCCCACGGAGAUGCUUCACAACGUGAACCUUGCGCUGGACUUGCUGGCGGAUGGAGGUCUGCUCAAUUUUUCUGUGAACUCUGAAGAUGUUGUGAAAGGCGAUAUAAAGACUACACUGCGGCUUCUGUAUUGCUUAUAUUCCAAAUACAAGACCAAAGAAACAUGAAGAGAAAGGCUAAGUGCUUGGGCUGCCUUU